GAGAGCAUGAUGCCGCCAGUGAAUAUCAUCACGACGCCACAAAGAGAGAAAACCAAACCACGAUCGGGGUGAUUCUCUCUUUUGCUUUGCAGGACUCCAACCUGUGAAUUUCAGAAAUUCGCUCAGCCAACCUUUUCUCCUUCAGUUUGACCUCCUCUCCAUCUUCAGACCAUGGACACAGCUGCAGUGAUGACUCUUCUGGCUCUAAUCCUGGCGAUGGCUGGCGUCAGUCAGGCUCUUCACAUCCAAGGCGGUGGGGAUGAAAAUGACAUGCUGCCUGGCAGCUCGGAGGAGAACAUGGCCGACCGCCUGCUGGGGCUGGAGAUUGAGAGCAGAGACACCAGCCUUGAUGAUCGCCUGCUACUUUUAGUGCUAAGAGCACUGAAGCAAGCUGGUUUCCCUCUGGGAAUCCAGAGAGAAACCAGGGAAUCCGUCCUCCACCAGCCACAGAGGUUUGGCCGCAGCUCCAAUGGGCAGGUCGUGUUGGAGGAUAAGAUUCAGCCCCGGGACUGGGAGGCCGCCCCUGGUCAGAUUUGGAGCAUGGCCGUGCCCCAGAGGUUUGGCAAGAAGUAAUCUGGCAGCUGGACCCACAUGUCACUGUUCUGGAAGAAGGCUGAGGAGAUAUCUGCAGACUAAAUUAAGAUGAAUAAAAUCUGAAAAGUAUUAGCA